AUGGCGUCUGAAUACUUGCAGGCGAACGAGACACAUGUGACAGAGGCACAGUCGUACUUGUUGUUGCUGUUGGGGUCCACUUUGUUUGUGGACAAGAGCAGAGACAGGGUUCGGCUGGUGGUGAACCUAUUUUUGGACGAUUUGGAGGAGGUAGAUCAGUACAGUUGGCCUUCCGGUACACUUGCUUGGUUGUACAGAUACCUUGGUAAGGCUUCUCGAGUUGGUGCCAGGGGGUGGCUGGUUGUCUCACACUUGAGCAUUAUCGACGAGCCGACAGGGCACUGCACGGAGUGCAGGAUGUGUGGACUGAGUACUGGGUCUCUUAGGGACUCCCCCUUCCAGGGGAUUUUUUUGAUGUGCCCAGUUAUUUUCAAUCUUGUCCUGGCCUAUCCAAUGCCUCUUCCUAUCCAAGUGCAGUCUUAG